GCAUGCGCUGCGCAGCACCGGCUGCCGCUGCUCCGUCUCCGGGGAAGGUGGCACAGCAAUUGUGGAAAGUCCAAUCCCGUUUCAACGACGGACCAGCAGGAUUCCAAAAACCAACAAACAGCACAAGCUUCCAAGGACCUGAGCAUCGAGCCGUGAAAGAAGAAACGAACAAGAACCAAUGACAAUGGUGACCGAGUCUCCUGGCCGAAGGAAAAUUCGGGAGGAAGUCGAGCUGAGCCCACAAGUGACGAAUGCUGAAGGCAAGAUCGUGCCAUUAUCCGACCGGCCCAACAUCUUGAUCACUUCGGCCCUACCAUAUGUGAACAAUGCACCUCAUCUGGGCAAUAUCAUCGGCUCGACCCUCUCGGCCGAUGUGUUUGCAAGAUACAGUAGGACCGGCCCGGUGGUCGCCCAAGUCUUGUAUAUCUGCGGGACCGACGAGUAUGGGACAACAACGGAAACUAAGGCUCUCGAGGAAGGGAUGACUCCCAGCGAUUUGUGUGAUAAGUAUCAUCAGAUCCAUAAAGAUAGCUACCAGUGGUUUGAUAUUGGAUUCGAUCAUUUUGGUCGUACAACGACUCCAAAGCAAACAGAAAUUUGCCAGGAAAUCUUCACUGCAUUGUACGACAAUGGUCAUCUCACCGAACACGAAAUUGAACAAGUGUACUGCGAAAAAGAUGCCAGGUUCUUAGCGGAUCGGUUUGUGGAAGGGACAUGUCCGAAGUGUGGUUCUUCUGGUGCACGAGGAGACCAGUGUGAUACGUGUUGUCAAACGCUAGAUGCGAUCGAGCUGAUCGACAAGAAAUGCAAGAUCUGCUCCUCGACGCCGAUCUCGAAGAAAUCCAAACAUCUGUUCAUCGAUCUACCCAAGCUCCAGAAGCAGAUAGAGAGCUGGUAUAACUCGGCUAAGGAGGGUCAUCAUUGGUCCUCAAACGGGAAAGCUUUCACCGAGGCCUGGUUGAGAGACGGGCUGCGCGAACGAUGUCUGACUAGGGAUCUCAAAUGGGGCGUACCUGUGCCAAUCAAGGGUUGGGAAGACAAGGUGAUGUAUGUUUGGUUUGAUGCGCCAAUUGGUUAUCCAAGUAUCACAGCAAACUACUCCAAUGAUUGGGAGAAGUGGUGGAAGAACCCUAAGGAGGUCACUUUGUAUCAGUUCAUGGGAAAAGAUAACGUCCCCUUUCAUACGAUUCUAUUUCCGGCUUAUCUUAUGGGCACCGGCCAGGAAUGGACUAUGCUUAAUCACAUCAGUACAACCGAGUACCUACAAUACGAAAAUGUGAAGUUUUCAAAGUCGAACAAUGUGGGAGUAUUUGGACAAAAUGCGAGGGAGACUCAGGUUCCGUCUGAGGUGUGGAGGUAUUUCCUGAUCUCGACUCGACCGGAGACCAAUGACUCGCAAUUCACCUGGACGGAUUUUAUCUCCAAAGCGAAUUCGGAACUCUUGAACAAUCUCGGCAACUUUGUCAAUCGGAUCGUCAAGUUCUGUAAUGCCCGAUACCAUUCCAUCGUCCCUGAUCCGCUCUCCUGGCCAGUUGUCGGCCCACCCACUCAAUCCGAAUCAGCAUCGAAAGAGGAUGAAUCAUCAUCUACUACGUCUACUCAGAUUACUAGUCGGGAGUCCUUCGAUGAAGAGGACCAAGCCUUCGUAGGGGAUAUCAACGGUUUACUGACUCAGUAUAUCGAAUCUAUGGAGUCACUCAAGCUCAGACAGGCAUUGUCGAUCGUGAUGGCCAUAUCCGCCCGAGGGAACCAAUAUCUGCAGGAGAACAAGAUUGACUAUAGUCUCCUACUGGCCUCUCCCCGCCGAUGUGCACAGAUCGUGCUUGUCAGUCUGAACCUGGUCUACCUGCUCUCGGUGCUGGUCUAUCCGUCGAUGCCCAGCACGAGUGAGCUGAUCUUGAAGCAGCUGAAUGCGCCGAAGCGGCGACUCAGUCGGACGUUCGGCAUCGAUCUCCUGCCUGGCCACACGAUCGGGGAUGCGAUCUAUCUGUUCCGGAAGAUCGACCCGGACCGGGCGGCGUUCUGGCGCAAACAGUAUGGCGGCUCCAAGCCGUCUGGCGAUCCUGCAGUUGUGGAGUCGCCGGGCGAGAGCAAGAAGGCCAAGAAGAAGGCAGCCCAUGGCGGCAAGAGCAAGGGCACCACGCCUGCUGGACCGCUCUUUUCGGGGCCCAAGCCCCCGGAGAUGGUCGAGAUCGAGCUGGCUAUCGUCGCUCAGGGUGAACGGGUACGUCAGCUCAAGGCGGGCUCGAUGGAGGGCGAGGUGGGAAUGGAGGUCUCGAAACUGCUCGGAUUGAAGAAGGACUUGGCUUCGCUGAUCGAGCAACUCUCAAAAACUUCGCUCGCUCCUAGCUAGUCGUCUUGCUCGAUAACCCGCCUAUUCAUCUCUCUCUCAAGAUUCCCUUUCUCCCCCAAUCAUGCAUCUUGUUUAUCUUUUUUUUUGUUGGCUUCUUGCACAUUGCUCGAAUCGUGAAUGUCUAUCUCUAUACGAUUGAAACAUUCAUCUUUCUAUAAAAACCUGUCUCUAAUUCUUUCUCAUUCUCUCGCACCUCUCUUUGAGAAAAUAUUGUUUCUAGUGAGAGUCACUUUCUUUUAGAUUUUUUUUUUUUUUUGUUCGGUCUUCUCAACCUUUCCCAUUUUUUUUCUAUUGAAUAAUGAAUAUCCCAUGAUGAAUAUUCUUGUUUAUCUCUCUCUCUCUCUCUGUUUUUUUUGGAAGCAUGAAGCAAGUGAUGAUGAAGGAAG